UCUCUUUCCGCAUGCGUUGGAAUGAUUUAUAACUCCACACCGAUGCCAAGCUAACCACCCAGCGGGAUUCUCCAUUAGACAUGCCGUCCGCUUCAAGGGGCCGGUUUGUAUGUUAAGUGUCUGCUGUUUUUUACUGUUAACUCCGCAGGAAUCUCUUUCCAGGUAUGUCAAGACCUACCUGCUUCCAGACAAAGCGCGGAUGGGCAAGAGGAAGACAUCCGUCAGGAAGAGGACCGUGAGCCCCAUUUACAACGAGGUGUUGCGGUCUCUCUCUACAAUCAAUUGCGUUGACCAUCGAGGAGUGAUAAACCUGUCCAUUAAGUACAUCCCACCAGGAUCCCUAGGUCGAAAGACCCCUCCGUCUGGGGAGGUCCAUAUCUGGGUCAAGGACACCAAAGAUCUGCCCCAGUUACGUCCCUCCGGAGUGGGCUCCUUUGUGAAAUGCUACGUUCUUCCAGACACCAGUAAAAAGAGCUACCAGAAGACCCUCAUUGUACAGAGGGACUCCAACCCAGUGCUUAACCACACCAUCGUGUACGACGGCUUUCAUACAGAAGAUCUGAAGGAUGCCUGUGUCGAGCUGACCGUCUGGGAUCAUGAGAAACUGACCAAUCACUUUCUGGGAGGGAUCCAGCUGGGACUUGGGACAGGCUCCAGCUAUGGGAUUGCCGUUGACUGGAUGGACUCCACACAAGAGGAGGUCGCAUUUUGGCAGGAAAUGAUGACCACGGCGAAUGAAUGGAUUGAAGCGUCCCUGCCUUUGCGCUCUCUGGCUGGAAAAAGGAAGCUGAAAUGAACAGCUGGCAGCAGCCCACAGAGGAACGGAGAACCGUUUACACAGAGAAGAGGGCCAAUGCAAAGCUGGCUGACCUCAGGAUUGCCUGUGCAAUGCACUUCGAAAGGACAAGGUAUUAUUACUCAUCCCAAGAGAGGACUGAGCGGAUUUUACAUCCCAGCUAGCUGAAAGACCUGCUGCUCGUCACCUCUCCAUCAUCUAGACCUUAGAUUUUAUUCGACUUUGGGUUUGUACCCAGAGAGCAGGGAAGAAAUGGUGUAAAUAUGUUUAUAGUUUAUUUUAUUACAGUGUCCAUGAUGCUG